UCUUCUCCUUACCUUAUAACCCAUAUUCCUCUCUCCUUUUAUUUUCUCAUCUCACUUCACCAUACUCUUCUCCUUCUCUCUACAACCCAGAUCCGAAAACUUUCAAAACGAUGUCGUCCCCGGCUUCUACUACGUCGUACUGGUGUCAUAGAUGCACGCGUUUCAUCUCCGUUUUAUCGUCAUCAGACGAGAUUGUCAAUAUCUCGUGUCCUCACUGUGAAGAUGGAUUUAUCGAGGAGAUGGACGCCUCUAAUUCUCAAUCGGAUAAUCCUCACCGUCGAUUUCUGUACAUGUUAUCGGAUCAGAAUAAUACCCGGCCGACUACCCAACCCGACAGCUCUGAUCGGGUUCCUACUCUCAGAUUCCGCCGUAACCGCCGUAAUACCGGCGAUCGUUCUCCGUUUAACCCGGUUAUAGUUCUCCGUGGAGCUACUGGAGCUGCCUCGCCUGAAGAAGAGAGUAAUUCUGAUAAUAAUAGCUAUGAGUUUUACUAUGAUGAUGGAUCCGGGUCGGGUUUGAGACCCGUACCGGCGAGUAUGUCGGAGUUUUUGAUGGGAUCUGGAUUUGAUAGACUGUUGGAGCAGUUAACGCAGGUUGAAUUAAAUGGAUUUGGCCGGGUCGGGAACCCACCGGCGUCGAAGGCGGUGGUGGAGUCUAUGCCGUUUGUGGAGGUUACCGACAGUCAUGCGGCGGCUGAUUUACACUGUGCAGUUUGUAAGGAAGCGUUUGAAGUUGGAUGUGAGGCGCGUGAGAUGCCGUGUAAGCAUAUUUAUCAUUCCGAUUGUAUUUUACCUUGGUUAGCUCUGAGAAAUUCUUGCCCGGUUUGUCGGUUUGAAAUGCCGGCCGAUGAGGAAAUUUCCGAUGGCAACGACACUAGCAAUAUAAAUAGCAAUAAUGAUGGUAGUAAUAGUAAUAAUAAUAACACUUCUGAGGAAUCGGAGGAGAUUGUGGGUUUGACUAUAUGGAGAUUACCGGGAGGCGGGUUUGCGGUAGGGCGGUUUAGCGGAGGGCGAAGAGGUGGCGAGCGAGAGUUUCCGGGAGUGUUUACAGAGAUGGAUGGCGGAUUUAGUGGCGGAAAUGGCGGUAGUAAUGGCGGCAAUGCUCCGAGGAGGAUUUCGUGGGCUAGUAGAGCAAGUAGAGGAAGAGAAAAUAGUAGCUCGGGCGGCGGAGGCCGUAACGGGUUUACCAGGGCUUUUCGCGGGUUGGUUUCGUUUGUAAGGAGAAUCGGGUCUGGGUCCGGGUCUAGGUCUAGUUCUUCCUUGUCGAGGAGGAGGAGGAAUAAUAAUUCCACGAUAAGUAGUCCGUCGUUGAGUUUAAGACCCGAUUCGGAAAUGGGGUCGAUUAGUAGAAGCUCGUCGAGUCAUUCGAGUUCCGGGUUCGGUAGAUAUGUAAGCAGAAGAAGGAGAGGAUUGGAUUUAGAAGUUGAGAAUGGAACAGAUAGAUGGUGAUUUUAAAUUUGAAAUAACAAGAUUGUUGUAUUCAGAUGAAGAAGCUGUUCUUUUUUAAUUGUUUUAUUUUUUAUCAAUGUACAUAGAAUUAUUAAACAGGCAAGAAGUUUUGUAUUGAA